UUUUUUUAGUGAUUGCUUGUCAUUGCUCUGUGUCGGUAGAUUUGACCCUUUCUUUGUCGUUUUGUCGUCUUUAGUAGGGAGGUCUAUCAAGAGGUGUCUCAACGACUAUUGUCACUCAAUCCAGUCAGGUUAGGCUAGCUAGGUUCCUCGUUGUCGGGUAUCUACCUACCUACCCAGCUUACCUAGCAUCUAAGCGAUCAAACAUCCCACUCACACAGCAGCAACCUUCCACUGUCAGCAAGACUAUUCCGUAUAUCAAGGUCCAAGUCAAGAUCACUCGCGACCCACCACCCACAACACUCAAUCCAACAAGCCAAUUAUCAUGUCCAACCGCCGCAAAUGUCUCCUCAUCGGCAUCAAUUACCUGGGCUCCAAACACCAACUCCAAGGCUGCAUCGACGACGUGAUGAACAUGACUGAAUUCCUCGCCUCACGAAACUACCCACGCCACCCACUCAGCAUGGUCACCAUGACCGAUUCACCUCAAACCGCCCCCACCUCUCCUUAUUACCCAUCAGGCCACAACAUCCUCGCUGCCAUGGAUUGGCUAGUCUCAGAACCCGGUUGUAUGUUAUUCUUACAUUAUUCCGGUCACGGUGGCCAGGUACCGGGGCAGCGUGAAACUGGGUUCGAUGAUACUAUUGUUCCUGUUGACUUUGAGUCCAUGGGGAUGAUAGAUAGUGGUACUUUGCAUCGGCAUCUGGUUUCGGCACUGGCCCCAGCGUGUACGUUGGUGAUUCUGUUUGAUUGUUGUCAUAGUGGAUCUGCCGUUGAACUUCCCUUCGUGUAUCGCACCGAUGAAGAGGGUAACCUGAAUUUACUCGACAACUUGCGAAUGGGAGCGAAUUUAAUCCGCGAGGUGAGUUUUCCAGGGUAUAUUGGCUUGUUCGUUCCCUUUCGAUUAACCACUAUUUCUCAAUUUCACUUCUCAAUUUCCGCCUCUGAAAUCGCAAGCUGGUGCUCCUUCUCCUCAAUGACUAACCACCUCUUCCUUCAAUCUCUUCCCAUUAUAGGCCAACCAUCUCAUACAUGGCGAAAUUCGCGCUCAACCAGGUGACGCCCAACGUCUUCUUGCUGGCGCUACCUCCUUCUUCCGCGGUCUCAAACAUCAAUGGAACGACGAACAGGCCGGCGAAGGGUUACAAGAGGUCGAUGAUUUCCAACAAGAUUGGUCACGCGAGGGAAAAUCCGUCUUUAUGUUUUCUGGAUGUCGUGAUGAACAGACGAGUGCUGAUACUUUUAUUAAUGGGAGACAUGUUGGAGCCAUGUCUUGGGCUUUUCUUGAAACCAUGAAACGAGAUGUUAACUGGAAUGUCAGUUAUAUUCAGAUCCUGCAAAACACACGCUGGUUACUUCAACAGAAAUAUUCCCAGGUACCUCAGUUGUCUUGUGGGUACCAGUUUGACUUGAACAGUCCGUUUCGAAUAUAGACAAUGUUUGGAGGAUAAGGGGUUGAAAACAGGUCUGACUUACCGACUGGUAAUGACCAACGACGAAUGAGAAAUGACUGAGAACAAAAAGAUCAACGAACUUCAACAUAAAACUUGUACGACUGUUUUUACAAUCAAUAUUUGAAAUGCAAGGGUGACAUGGUCUCAUAGAUUAAGCGAGAGCUCGAUCUCCGUAGCCAAAUCCAUACCGUUUUUAAGCAUGCGAUGAGACCUA